AUGUCGGAAUCAUUCUUGGCCUCAAAUCUGUUUGACAUUAAAGGAAUUGUCGCAGUUGUUACUGGUGGUGGUAGCGGUAAGUCGUACACUUGCGAGGUCUUUGAUUCGCAUACACUUACGGACAGUGCAGGUCUUGGUCUCUUCAUAACCCGGGCACUAGCUGUGAAUGGAGCUAAACGGGUCUUUAUUCUGGGCAGAAGAAAGAAAUUGUUAGAGGAUGCAGCUCGAGAUAUUGUAUGUUCUCUGGUCUCUCGCCCGACAACUACUAAUGAUCUCCAGGGCCUCGAUAACGUGAUACCCGUUCAAUGCGACAUUACAAACCAGCAAGCCUUGAAGAAUGCUGUUACUUUCAUUGAGAAUGAGGUUGGAUACAUCGACCUGCUUGUUGCUAAUUCGGGCAUCGCCGGUCCAGCUGGCAGCGUGGGCCCCAACGCCAGCAUCUCCCAGGUUCAAGAGACCCUAUACAACAUUCCGAUGGAGGAGUUUACAAACACUUUCCACGUUAACUCGACCGGCGUUUUCUAUACAAUAAUUGCCUUUCUAUCUCUGCUGGAUGCUGGGAAUAAAGACACCACUUACCAGAACGCAAGAAGCCAGGUCAUAACUACCAGCAGCAUCGGAGGUUUCAACAGAAAGAUUACAGCAGGUUUUGGCUACACCGCCAGCAAGGCAGCCACAACAAUGAUGAUGAAGGUACUGGCGACUUAUUUGGUGCCUUACAGAAUCAGAGCAAAUAUCAUAUGCCCGGGAUGUAAGACUGGCCAACUACCAAACCCCGAGAUAAAGACUGACAGCUCUUUAGUAUUCCCAACCGAUUUGACAGCUUCACUAAUUGAUGACAAGAAACCCACGGAAGAGGGUGCAUUCCCACUGGAACAAAUCCCAGCAGAGCGAGCAGGCUUGCCAGAAGAUAUUGCGGGCCCGUUGCUAUACCUUGCAUCGCGAGCAGGAGCAUACUGCAAUGGCAACUGCGUUAUUACAGAUGGAGGAAAAUUGAGUGUUACACCGGCUACUUAUUAA